CGGUCCUGGGUGUGUGUGGGUCCCGUGACCCGUUUGGCGUAAAGCCUAUAAUCUCACACAUCAUCCCUUCCCCUCCAUUCUCCCACAUAUUCUCUGCUUCACUGGAGUCUCCUCCUCCCACGCGCCGCCCCCUACCGCCGCGGCCGCUACACCCUCCCAAAUCAUUCAAUCAAUAAUGGCCGCCAUGAACCGCCUAUUCAGAUCCCCAACCUCCUCCGCUUCCCUCCUACGAAACUGCUUUUCCACCACCGCCGCCGCCUCAUCGGAGACAGUGAAGCCGAAACUUUACCCAGAUUCCCCUCUCACGAAGGCUCGAGAUCCCAAGCCUAAAGGCAUCCAGUGGGUGUUUCUCGGCUGCCCCGGCGUCGGAAAGGGGACCUACGCCAGCCGCCUGUCUGCUCUCCUCGGAGUUCCGCAUAUUGCCACCGGCGAUCUCGUCCGUGAAGAGCUCAAAUCAUCUGGCCCUCUCUCUAAACAACUUUCAGAUAUUGUAAACCAAGGGCAAUUGGUUUCAGAUGAGAUAAUACUGAACUUACUGUCAAAGAGGCUAGAAGCUGGAGAAGCUAAGGGUGAAGCAGGAUUUAUACUUGAUGGAUUCCCUCGAACAGUGAGGCAAGCUGAAAUAUUGAAUGAUGUGACAGACAUAGAGUUGGUUGUUAAUCUCAAGCUUCCAGAAAGUGUAUUAGUUGAGAAAUGUCUCGGGCGAAGGAUUUGUGGUGAAUGCGGGAAGAAUUUCAAUGUGGCAUCUAUUAAUGUCAAGGGCGAAAAUGGGAGUCCUGGAAUUAGCAUGGCCCCACUACUCCCCCCUCCGCAAUGUGUUUCAAAGCUAACCAUUCGAGAUGAUGAUACUGAAGCCGUUGUUAAGGAAAGACUUCUUGUGUACUACGAGAAGAGCCAGCCGGUUGAAGACUUUUAUCGAAGCCAAGGGAAGCUCUUGGAAUUUGAUUUGCCCGGAGGGAUACCCGAAUCCUGGCCGAAAUUGUUGGAAGUCCUUAACCUCGAUGAACACGAGGACAACAAACUCUCAGCUGCUGCCUAGAUUUUCAACCCAUUGGUUGCCUUGAUGCAUGUUUUAACAUUUUUGCCCGUUAUUUAUUCGACUGAGUUAAUGAAAAAAAAUAACAACCAAACAUGAAGUCCCCCAGCCAAUUAACUGCUGUGGCCUAAAAUAGUUGAAUUUCCAGAAAUGCAUUUUUCAAAAGAAGUGUGUUGUACCAAAUAGCUUAAGUUAGUUUGGGAGUGCCAUUUUUCCCAUUUAAAAAAUGCACCAGACUAAAAUCUGUAAUGGUGUACUAAGUUUAUUAUUUGUUCUACUUGGGGUUGAAAUUUAUAUGAUCAUAUAUAUUGUAGCAAGGAGAACAUUUUAUGUUUAUAUUCAAGUUUGUGAGUGGCUUGUGAUGGGUGGAUGGACUUUGGCCCAUUCCAAAUUUAGCCCACAAUGAGACACUAACUUUAGGCCCUGUAUUUGAUUCAAUGUUGACGUAUUUAUGCCAUUGUUUUACCUUUGCAAGGAGGGCAUCACAAAGGGGAUUAUUGAUCAUUGAAGUGUCAUUGACAACCUCUAUAGGAGUCUACCAAACAAUUGAGAUGAAAGAUAACGAAAGAGAGACAUGGAGGGAUUUAUCGGCUUACUCGCCAUCGUGCCACGAAUUAGUAAAGAGUUGUAUUGCUC